AUGAAAAGUGUCGAUCUCGCGUACAAAUACUGCGACGAGAAUAAAGUCCCCUAUAAACGCAAUGGUAAAUUGAUUGUGGCGGUUGAACCCGAAGAAAUUCCUCGCCUUGAGGCUUUGUUCGAACGAGCGCAGAAGAAUAAUUGCAAGAAUAUAUCGAUGAUCGAUGGUUCGAAAAUAAAAGAUUAUGCUACGCAUAUUCAAGGUCUCAAAGCGAUUUGGUCACCGUACACAGGUAUAGUGGAUUGGGCGCUUGUGACGCGUUCAUUUGCCGGCGAUUUCGAGAAGCGCGGUGGUACGGUCUAUACGGGUUAUCCGCUGGAGAAGUUCUCGAUUGCCGGAGAAUCACCAAAGCAAGGCACACCCAACGACUACCCACUCGUCAUUCACUCAAAACCUGGCCUCGCACAACUUCGUUGUAAAUAUGUUAUCACAUGCGCUGGUCUGCAAUCGGAUCGUGUCGCGCAACUUUCGGGCUGUUCAAAUAUCCCAAAAAUCGUUCCAUUCCGAGGAGAAUAUCUGCUGCUGACAUCCGAAAAGAAGAAUCGAAUCAAAGCGAAUGUUUAUCCGGUGCCAGAUCCCCGCUUCCCGUUCCUUGGUGUCCAUUUCACACCACGUAUGGACGGAGACGUAUGGCUUGGACCCAAUGCAGUUUUAGCGUAUAAGCGUGAAGGUUACUCGUAUUUCGCAGUAUCGCCGAAAGAUCUGUGGGAUGCACUCACUUUUCGAGGAAUGCAUAAACUGAUCUACAAAUAUUUGGGAUACGGAAUGAAGGAAUUUUAUCGUGGCAUUUGGAUAAGAGCACAAGUGAAGCAGCUGCAACGUUUUAUGCCUGAUCUUACCAUCAAGGACGUUAAGAGAGGACCAUCCGGUGUUCGUGCACAAGCAAUGGACGCAGAUGGGAAUUUGGUGGACGAUUUUGUGUUCGAUAGCGGGACGGGCGAUAUUGCGUCUCGCAUUCUGCACGUUCGUAAUGCGCCCAGUCCGGGUGCGACGAGCAGUCUGGCGAUCGCCGAAAUGAUCAACGACAAAGCUGCCGAUCUGUUCCAUUUGAAACACUAA